AUGGCGCCGUCGCUCGAAACACCAGAGUCUGUCGACGACGUUUUCGCCAAUCCGAUAAAGCAAAAGCCACAACUGGUUGCGCCAGAACCUCAAAACUGUGUCGGGCCCGACUCACAGCAAGCCGGUAAAGCGGACUCAUGCGCCGGAUGCCCGAACCAGGCUAUCUGCGCUUCAGCGCCAAAAGGACCUGAUCCUGAUAUUCCAGUCAUCUCUGCGCGUCUGGAGAAUGUCAAGCAUAAGAUUCUAGUGCUGAGCGGAAAGGGUGGCGUGGGCAAGAGCACAUUUACCUCACUAUUGGCUCAUGCCUUUGCGACAAAUCCGGACAGCACCGUGGGCAUCAUGGAUACAGAUAUCUGUGGACCCAGUAUUCCAAAGAUGAUGGGCGUUGAGGGAGAAACAGUCCAUGUUAGCGGUACAGGAUGGUCACCUAUCUGGGUUAUGGACAACCUUUCCGUUAUGAGCAUUCAGUUUCUACUACCGAACCGGGACGACGCUGUGAUCUGGAGAGGUCCCAAAAAGAACGGUCUUAUCAAGCAAUUCCUCAAGGAUGUGGAAUGGGGCGACCUUGACUUCCUGCUUGUUGACACACCUCCGGGUACCAGCGAUGAACAUCUCAGUGUGAACUCAUUCCUCAAGGGUAGUGGCAUCGAUGGUGCUGUUAUGGUCACAACACCACAAGAAGUCUCACUUCUAGACGUACGAAAGGAAAUAGAUUUCUGCCGCAAGGCUGGAAUCAGGGUACUGGGUCUUGCUGAGAACAUGAGCGGCUUCGUUUGCCCCAAGUGUUCAAAUGAGAGUCAAAUCUUCAAGGCUAGCACAGGAGGAGGACGAGCUUUGGCUGAGGAGAUGGGCAUUCCAUUCUUGGGAUCAGUGCCCUUGGAUCCCAGAAUUAGGAUGGCGUGUGAUUAUGGAGAGAGUUACUUUGACUCAUUCCCAGAUAGUCCGGCAUGCAUUGCCUUCCAAGGAGUAGUUAAGAAUCUUGCAGCGCAAAUGGGAUUGAAUUCCCAAGAUGUGCUGCCAGACGAGUAG